UAGGACUACUGCAGGUCCUACGUGAAUCGUUGACGAAUAGUCGGAGUCGGACUGUCGGAGCAGUGUAUACAGCCCGUAAAGCCGGAAAUAGGCGAAACAGCUGUGAUCAGCUGCGGUCUUUACGCAUCUGAUGAUUCCAGCGAUGGCACACGAAAAUAAUAUUACCGUCUCGGUAUGAUAAACAAUCGCAGAAGAUGGAGGAUGACGUUGACAUUUAUGCAGACUUACCGAGUCUUGAUUUGAAUCCUGAAAACAAGAUUCAAUCGUAAAUCAUAAUAAUCAACAAUAAUUUUUAAAAAAAGUUUUUAAAAAGUCGAUGCUUUUAAUUUGUUAUCAAGGACCAAGACUGUAAUUGUAAGGAAUUAAAGAAAGAGCAUAGUUUACUCUUAAGUAAACUGGAAAACCUUCAGAGGACCAAUGCGAAUUUGAAGAAUAAUCUGUCUUCCCUACUCAAAACUGCAAGAGCUGAAAUAGCACGAAAGGAGAGGAUGAUAGAUGAUCUCAGGCAACAAUUGAACGAUAUAACCUUCAGAAGGAGCAAUAGAAAUGAAGGUUUUUCCACUCAUAGGUCAUCACAGCAACGUAAUGUGACUAGGAAGUAUGAAGAUGUUUCUUCAAUACAUUCAGAAGAAAGUGAAACAGAACCAUAUGAAAUUGGAUUCCGUCAGAACAAAUAUAAGUUACAGAAUGAUGUUAAUCGGGUAUCUACUGUUUUCGGAGAAAGAUUACAUAAGAAAAUUAUGGAGACUGAAGAGGAAGAAAAAAAGCAGAAAGCAUUAUUAAAGCUUGGUGCAGAAGUUAAAACGGAGGAUAUUCCUAAAAACAGCAUUGUUGAAAAUGAUAAGGAAAAUGGAUCUCAAUUCAGUAUAAAUAACAACGACAAUGAAACUAAUGUUAGACGAUGCUCUAGUUCAGAACCUCCGUACAGAAAGAAUUUGGUGAAAAGGACAAGUGAAGAGGAUACAUGUAAACACAAGCGUUUAAAAAUUGAAAGUAAUGAAGAUAAAACCACAACUAAAGAAAUGGACUACCUUACACGAUACGAUCUAACGGAAAAUCCUGCGCAAUACGAAAUGAAAACUGGUUUGAAGUCCGAAGAUCAACUGGAUACAACACAUUCUUUUAAAAAAGAAGGAGCUAUUCCAUUUCGUGUUGAACGUAGAGCUGUUUCGGAGUACCAAGACACGAAACAGGAUCAAAGUUGUGCAAAUGGAUGGAGAAGCGAGGCGAAAAGUAAUUCAUCAAAGGAUCACGACAAUUCUAAUACCAGAAAUGGUCUUGCCUAUAGUUUAAGAAAUUCUCGAUCUGCUUCGACGUCGAAUUAUGCUUCGAACAGUGGUUACAGAAAAAAUGGGCAUAAGUAUAAUAGCCCGCCAAGAAGAAGCUAUUCUAGAAGCAGAAGCGAUUAUGAGAGCAGUCAUCGUUUACGUGAGAGAUCUAGUAAAACGUACAGAGAAAAGAAAUACGAUGAUUAUAAAUACGAUAGUCGGUACAAAAAUGAUAGAUUAAGAAGGAAUUAUGACAGCGAAGAAAAUGAUAGAAAAACGAGAUAUAAGCGUAGAGAACAUGAUGAUCUACGAGAAAAAUCCAGACCCUCUUCGAGCGACGCCGAAGACAGAAAAAGCAAUAGCUCUUACAAGAAGAAAUAUGAAAAUCGCAGAAUAAAAAAGGAAAUAAUAAAUGUUUCAAAUGAUAAGAAACCGCACGAAAGUAAAGUUGUAGUGGAGAUUAAUUCUCGAGAGUCCUCUAGUCGAACAACUGUAAGUAGCACAAUGAAUUAUACAUACAGUGCUGAGGAAAAUAUUGAAAAGCACAAAAACGUAUCAGAAAUUAAAUCUAUAAAUUCAACAAAAAGUAUAUCUGCACACAAGGAACAUCCGGUAUGCAAGGAAAGCACAUCUGUCGUAAAUAAAGAUUUGGAUAUUCUGGAAGAAGGCGAAAUUUUGGACAGUCCUAAGAAGAAAAUUAGUUCUGCAAAAAUCUCUAAUGAUGAUAAAAUAGAAGAAAAUAAUAUAAAAAUUAUUCUAGUUGAAGAUAAAAAUAAAGUUGUUUCUGUGAAUGCAUCCAGACAUGAUAAAUCAAUACAAUUUAAAAAUUAUGUAAAUAGUACAAAACAAUUAGAAAUGGAUAGUGAUACAAAAGAAAUUGAAGUAGUGUCGUGUCUUCCGCAAGAAAAUUUGAAAGAUUGUGAAAAAAUAAUUCAAUCAACCUCUAGUAAAUGUGUUGUGACUGCUGAUGAAACACAUAAUUGUAUUAAAGCUGAAGAUACACUUAAAUCACACAUUAAUGAUAAUUUAACGAAUUCUACUACUCGAAAUAUUGGAACGCCUGAACAAGUACACGAUAGUGAUAUUGAUGGUAAUAACAAAAAUAACGCUGAUGAAAAAUCAGAGGAUUUUAUUACUGAAACUGCUAUUAAAAUAAAACAAGUGACUGAUUCUAAUAUUGAAAGUGUUUCUCAAAUUCAAGAGUUAGAUCAUCUUAGUAUCGAAAGCACAAAAAAAGAGGAAACGAGUAUUCCUAAUAUUGAAAGUGCUGUUGAAGUCACAAAGGUGAAUAAUUUUAAUAGUGAUAAUAGUAUUCAUAAAAUUGACAGUGAUAAAUUAAGAACUUCUGUUUCUAAAGUUGUUACAAAAGUGGAGGCAGUACUUGAUUGUGAUAUUGUAGAAAAAGAUGAAAACCGAGCACCCUCCCCAAUCGAAAGCGAGACUUUUCAUCAAACGUCAAAUAAAAGUUGCGUCGAAGCUUUGUAUCUCAAUGAUCAUAAUUAUGUUCAGAGUUUUCCUGUUAAUGCUUCUGAUCUCGAUGCAAACCAGAAGCCAUCUAUGAGUUUAGAGUGCACUGAAGAUGUUUCAGAAACAGCAGUGUCAAAGGAAACGAAAGUGGAAAAAAUAAUUAAUGUUCAAUCGAUUAGUGUUAAAAGAACAAUGUCGUCUGUAGUGAAGAAUAAAAAGGACCAACAGAGCAAAGGGAUAUUAAUUUCGCAUCGCCGAAAAGCCGUGAUACUGAGUGACAGUAAUGCGUCUAUGACCGUCCUAAUGAAUACUAAUGUAGCGAACACACCUUCUGUAAUUAACAAUUGUAACGACAACGAUUCCACUUUGAAGCCACGUGCCUGCAAGACAUCGCGAGUAUUUGCAAAGGCAACAUGUAAAUAAUCACAAUUCCUACGUUCAUAUAAGAAAUGUUAAUAAAUCUGGAUUCAUAUGUAAGAUAUGGAAAAUAGUAAUUAAUUGUA